AUGCUCCUCUUAGCUAUAUCAUCCAUCUCCCUCAUCCUGCUUCUCCACGCGGGCUGCGCGGCCUUCAUUAACUGGGUAGACGAAAAUGACCAUGACCAUGGUUGGCGACCCCCUCUUGUUCUUCUCAAGCUUGAUUGGAAACCGCCUGCUAACGUCGAGAAAGAAGAAAAGUCUACGACCAAGUCCGAGAAUAAAGAUGAAUAUACCCCCGACUAUACGAGUAUGAUGCUUAAUCACUUUCAAAAGGAGAAGGAGAAUGGAGACUUUGAGGGAGAAGAUGAACAUGCCCCCGACUAUGCAACUUUGAUCAACGAUUUCUUUCACAAGAGGGGAAUGGAAACUUUGAGGAAGAAGAGCGCGUAA